AUGAAACACCAACUGCAGAGGAGGCAGGCUCUGGAGCAGGAACAGUCUGCCCUAUGCAGGCUGCAGGGGCUGGAGCUGCGGGGGCACGGCCAGGCCUGGUUUGAGGGCCCGCUAGAGGCACAGCAACAGCAGCUAGGUGCGGGGGCCUUUGCAGAGCCCGGUAGUCCGCAGUUAGCCCAGAGUCAAAAGGUGAACAUCUGUUUGAGACUCUGACUCCGGGGAAGGUGUUUAUUGUUUUCAGUUGAGGCUUUUGAGAGGCUGGGGUAGAGAGAUUUGGGGUCAACACUGGUUUAACGGAGAACAGCGAAUAUCCCCCCAUUCGCCCAUGUCUUUGAACAUGCCAGUUCCUGUGCCAUCCAGGGCAGGAAGGGAAGGCCAAGGAAGCAGGGCUUGUGGCAGUGGCAGGUAAACGGGAGGGCACAAGGGAGGAGGGCCGAGCACAGAUGCCCAGAACUCCUCUCUCUAGGGGCUGUCAAUGCAGCCGAACGAGGAGAUGGCUCAGCCAGGCUUCCCCAAGGGUGGAGGGGCCCUACCAGUGUCUCUAAGGCCUCCCCUCAGUCCCCUUAGUUGGGACAGAACCUCCUAUUCUGCCUCUUGACUCCACAGCGAAGGAGCUCCAGGUGGUGGGCCAACUGCAGUCCACACAUCAGGCGUGAAGCGCCUUCUCUGCUCCUGAAAGCCUCCAUUUCCCCUUCCUGCGUUCCAUGCCCUCACGCUCCUAUAUGCUGCGCAUACAUGAUCUUUGAAAUCCCUCUGGGGAGAAGAUAUGUUUAUUGAAACUGUCCUUCAAAUUUAAAUACAAAAAUAAAAUAGAAGUUUCUCCGGAACUUCAAAUAAAAGCAAUUCUAUAAAUAACACUUUAGUACCCUCCUACCCCAGUCUUAGGUUUGCUUCCCACGAGGGUUAGGGAAAGUGCAUUGUGGGAAAAUCGAUUACCCUUUAUCCCAAUCUUGCUAAGA